CGGAAGGCGGACAAUUUGAAAACUUCCGCUUACAAAAUUCUCAAUGAGUUAAUUUCGAAAAAAGGUUACAUAAAGGAUGGGACAGAGUUGCCUAGCAGUAGAGCACUAGACUACUAACCUAAAUAAAAGUUUCAAGUUCAAAUCCGGGUUCAAGUCAGUAGAACAUCCCUCAGUUCACCCAGCUCUGAUGGGUACCUAAUAGGAAAGUAAAGGCUGCUGGGCGUAGUGCUGACCACACUAUUACCUCAAAUGCUGAGGUCACAGAGACAGAACUUCAUUAAUAUAUGACAAUGCAGUCCACACUUUCCUCAUUAAAGGAUAUAUUUAUUGAAAGUCAAACCUCGAAAAAUCCCCACCCACUAAUUCAGGCCUUUUGUAAGAUUUACCAAGCGACUCCACUCGAUGAGUUUUGGCCUGAAUUUCUAAGGCUGUUAAAGCAUCCACUUGUUUAUGGUAGGGAACCUGCUGUGGAAAAAACAAUAGAGUUCAUCUCUAAAGCAGUGUGUAAUCUAGCCACAAAGACUAGUAAACCAGUAGCAAGUAAAAAGGAUGAAAAUACAGCAACUAACAAUGAUUCUGCUGAAGAUGAUGAAGAAGACAUGCAUCCUUUAUUAAUGAAAAUUUUUGAAUUUUUAUUGAGUGUCCACAGUGCAAAAGAGACAAAUAUCAGAUUUAGAGUUUGUCAGCUAAUUGCUCAGCUCUUACAAAAUCUCGGAGAAGGGGCACAGAUAGAUGACUCAUUGUAUGAUGACAUUUACAAGUGCAUGAUAGAGCGCCUGAGGGACAAGAGUCCUCUAGUCAGGGUUCAUGCUGUGCUUGCUUUGACAAGAUUACAAACCCCAACUGAUGAUACUUGUCCAAUAACUAAGGCAUACGUUAUUUUAAUGACGAGGGAUCCUAAUGAUGAUGUUAGACGUAUCGUUCUGACUUCUAUUGCACCAUCAAACACAUCUUUGCAAGCCAUUCUUCAGCGCACCUGUGACGUAAAAGACAAAGUUCGAAGAACUGCUUACACUGUUAUUGCAGAGAAAAUUCCAUUGAGGGCUUUAACAAUUGAGCAAAGGAUUCAGCUGUUGCAGGAUGGAUUAAAUGACAGAUCAGAGGUUGUUAGAACAGCUUGUUCUAGCAAGCUACUCCAGGCUUGGCUGUGUAGCUGUGAAGGGAAUGUACUUGAUCUCCUGGCUCGUUUGGAUGUUCAGAGUUCAGUAAAGACAUGUGAGAUGGCGCUAAAGAUUCUCUUCAAGAAUUCCAGCAUACAUGAUUUAGUACAGAAGUUUGAUAUCAUAAACGACAAGGUGCUGAUUGAUGAGGCCAAACUUACAUGUGAAAGUGCUUUUUAUUGGAGCAACCUGACCAAGUAUGUUUAUGAAGCUGGUAAUGAUUAUGAGGAGCAACUGGACCAGAUACGCCCUAACUGUAUCGAAUUUUGUGUCUAUUUAGAAAGGUUUGCUAAACAAGCUUUAGGGAAUUUAGAAUCUAAAGACAUUGACAAAGUACUAGAUUUAGAGUUCAUAAUUCAACAGCUGUUACAAAUGCUUAUGUUCAUGGAUUUGUCUGAUCAAGCUAGCAGAAAACAAACUGAGAAGCUCUUACACAACCUGCUUGUUUCUGAGAAAGUGGGGCCCUCACUAGCCAAGUACAUUCUGCCCUGUCUAAAACAGCUGUUCACUGUCCCUGAAGAUUUGGUCAACUUCAUUGCUGAGGCUGUUUCUGAAAUCAGGGAACCCAUAACUACUGUAGAAACACAACUAGCAGCUGAAGAAAGAAGAAACAUUGAUAAAAAGAUAGCUGGCAUACGAGUCAAGCUACAUCAGCUGAGGGAAGAGCUCUCAUUGUGUAUUGAGAAACAGGAAUUUGAAAGGGCAGCACAGCUUAAAUCUGAUAUUUCAAAUUUAGAUAUGGAAAGAUCCUCCAUUUUGGAAGCUUCUGAAGCUAAAGUAGAGGAAGUUCGUAUCCAAAAGAAUGAUAAUUUCACCGUACUGAAAUGUUUAACUAUUGUUUGUGAGCUGUUAAAAACUAUAAAGCUAAAAUCCUUGCCUGCGCCCCUUCAAGCCCUGAUGGAAAGUCAGAUUUUACCUGGAAUGGUAAAUGAAGAAGCUGAAAUACGAAAUGUUGCAGUUCAAGCCAUAGGAUUAUGCUGUCACAUUAAAAAGGAGUUGAUCAUUCAACAUUUACCGCUCUUGCUACAGGCCUCUCAAGUGGACACUCAGCAAGUAAGAUCUACAGCUCUCAAGUCUGUUUUUGACAUUGUACAUGUGUACGGGCUGGAUGCCUUUAGUGAUGCUGACACCAGCUGUGACCAAAGUGGUGGCAACAACACAGAAGAGGAGUUGAGCAAGUCAAUGUCUAGAAACUCAAGGCCAAAAUCUGCACAAGAAUGCUCAGAGGAUAGUAGGCGAGGAUGGAGUGAAAGUGCAAGCAAAGUUAUUGCUAUACUAAGUACAGCACUGGAUCUCGAGAGCUCAGAGCUUCGUAACAUAGCAGCAGAGGGUCUAGCCAAGCUGUUGUUGUCAGGGCGUGUUGUAUCAGCCAAGCUGUUUUCACAUCUGCUGCUGCUCUGGUACAACCCACUCAUAGAUGAGAACGAGCCUCUGCUGCAGACUCUGGGAAUUUUCUUCCCACUGUUUGCUUUUUCUUCCAGCUUAAAUCAAGAACUUAUUGAAGAAGCUUUUUUACCAACAUUAAAAACUGUGCUGGAUGCUCCAUCCACAUCACCACUAGCAACAGUCAAUGCAAUAAAUGUGGCUAAUUUUCUGGUUGAACUAACCAAUGCUCAAGAGCUGGUGGAAAAUCAAAGCACUAAAACUGUUGUAAAGGAAAAUCCUUGUCAUGACAGUAUUGCUGUAAAAUUAUGCAAUGAAAUACUAUCUGACCCUGAAUCAGAUGACACAAAGUUUUGGCUACGUGUGCUCAACAAUCUAAAUAUAAGUUGUGACAACACAAGUCUUUUGAAAAACCUGCGCACUAUGUGUGAGGAAAUGGCAACACUGAUAACAGAAAAGGCUUCAUGUAAAUAUUUAGAGAAAUUUGAUAGCACCUUGUUUACACUGUUGGGUGGACUGGCAGAAUGUAAAUCAGAUGAAAACAUGCAGCAAGAAGUUGGAGAUGGUGGAGACACAAAACAAACUUUAAAUGUGGAAUCAGUAAAGAAGACUAGGGGAGAGAAAGCUACCAAAAGUCAGCCAACAGUUAAAUCUCAAGUCAAGAAGAAGCCUAAAAAAUCUACUAAACAACUUAAUACUAGUGAGUUGGAUGACAAUGUUUUUACCACACCGUGUAGUAUAAGAACCCCCAGACCGCCAGUGGAUGUUGAAGGGACCAGGGUCAAUCUGGAAAAUUUGCUCAUGGAAAGCUUGGUUAAAACUCCAGCAACAAUAGGCAAGACUCCUAAAACCCCAAAAAGGCCAUUGCACAGUAUUCAAGACCCAACAUUUACAGGCUGAAGUUACUUUCUCCUGUUUCCACAUAUGCCAUAUAUAUUAUAUAUACAUUUAGAUAUCUUAAAUGGAGUUGGAGCUAGGUUGGUGACUUUGUAAUGCAAUGAACAGAAAACAUUCUGCUCUCCAGUAUGAAUGCUUGUACCAAUUUUAAAUAACUUUUGUUAUGUGAGAUCAUCCAAAUACAAAAAUAUUGUAAUCUGUCCAUUGUUUUUUAGUCCAGUUUUUUAAAUUGCUUCAUAAGAUGAUGCUAAUGCAUGCUGGUAUACAA